GUGCCCCGCUCCCGGCACCAUGGGGGGCAAGAAGGUUUGCGUCGUGGGCUCUGGCAACUGGGGCUCGGCCAUCGCCAAGAUCGCCGGCAGCAACACAGCUCGGCUGGGCAGCUUCGAGAACCAGGUGAACAUGUGGGUGCUGGAGGAGGAGGUGGGCGGCCGGCGGCUCACGGACAUCAUCAACACGGAGCACGAGAAUGUCAAGUACCUGCCGGGGCACAAGCUGCCCCCCAACGUGGUGGCAGAGCCAGACCUGCUCAAAGCCUGUGCAGGGGCUGAUGUCCUGCUGUUCGUGGUGCCCCACCAGUUCAUCGGCAAAGUCUGUGACCAGCUCAAGGGCCACGUGAAGAAAGAUGCCAUUGGGAUGUCACUCAUCAAGGGCGUGGAUGAAGGACCAGAUGGGCUGAGGCUGAUCUCAGACAUCAUCCAUGAGAAACUGGGAAUAGAAAUGAACGUGCUCAUGGGGGCCAAUAUUGCCAAUGAAGUGGCAGAAGAGAAGUUCUGUGAAACCACCAUUGGCUGCAAGAACAUGAAGCACGGGCAGAUGCUGAAGGACCUGAUGCAGACCCCCAACUUCCGUGUGUCAGUGGUGCAGGAAGCUGACACUGUAGAGAUCUGUGGGGCUCUCAAGAAUGUGGUGGCUGUAGGGGCCGGUUUCUGUGAUGGGCUUGGCUACGGUGACAACACCAAGGCUGCCGUGAUCCGCCUGGGCCUGAUGGAGAUGAUCGGCUUUGCCAAACUCUUCUGUAAGGCCCCUGUCACCUCUUCCACCUUCCUGGAGAGCUGCGGCGUUGCCGACCUCAUCACGACCUGCUAUGGGGGCCGCAACCGCAAGGUGGCCGAGGCUUUUGCCAAGACUGGGAAGUCCAUCGAGCAGCUGGAGAAGGAGAUGCUGAAUGGGCAGAAGCUGCAGGGUCCCCAGACAUCUGCUGAGCUGCAUCGAAUCCUCAAGAGCAAGAAUGCAGUGGAGAAGUUCCCCCUCUUCACUGCUGUGUAUCGGAUCUGCUACGAGGGAAAACCUGUCACUGAUUUCAUCACAUGUCUGCAGAACCACCCUGAGCACAUGUAA